AGUCCGGUUUGAGAGUACGAGCAGUUGACCAUGCGACGCGAACCAGCUGGGAAAGUAAAUACUCGCAUAAAAAAGAUGUUCGAUUCGAUCGCAUGAGUCUAGCAAAAAAAGAAGAGUGUCAAUGUUUACAAAUAAAUGGCUAAAUUCGUGCGGACACGUUGACCUGACCGGACACGCUUGACUCGGAAGUGAAGAUGAGGACGACGUUUUCACGCGAAGUCGGUGCUCGUGACAUGGAUCGCCGAUCAGCAAGCUAAUACUUUAGCUCGCGGGACAAAACCGCAAUCGAAAUUCGCCCUGCUGUGACCCCGUUAUUCGUUUCCUGUUGGCGACAUGUCUCUCCGAAAUUUAGUUGAGGCCGAGUGCGGCACACCAAAUCCUCUCGUCAAACUUUCAAGUCAUGCGAUCCAGGACUCGGCGCGGCAGCAAGAAGGGUUUUUGAGGCAAAGACACCAUGGACUUGGAGCAGCUGGAACUUCGGAAGUGCUUGUUGAUGAAUUUCUGGCCGAGAGGCGGGGACCAGAAAGGAUGGCCCCACAGACCUUCCACAUGGCUGGCUUGCUCCAGGAAAUGCACAACAUUGAGAAGAUGUACCAGCCACCAGCGCCAGCUAUACCAGGCAUUGCCGACGCGGGCAUCUCCAAGGCUUGGGCCGAUGAGUUUAUUCCCUCCAUGCCGGAGGUAAAGGAAGAGCCCAGCCUGGUCGCUGCUGUCUGGUCCCGGGAGUUUGCGGGCCCUUCUACGUCAACGCUGCCUCAGCAAGCCCCCAUAAAGUGGGCUGAGGAAUAUUUGCUGGAAAGCGAACAGCAGCAUGCAAGUGCGCAGGGUUCAGCGACAGAAAACAGUCAAAGCAUGGCCCAGGUUGCCGACGAUCUCUUGAAGAGCGUCAACGAUGAUGCGUUGAUGGAGACAGAGUUUAUGCAGUUUGUGAAGCGGCUAAGAGACGACGACAGAGACUUAAGCGAACGGGCUGCGAGCUGGGCCGAAGACUUUGCUCGACAAUACGGUCGGCCGCAGCAGCAGGAGUCGUGGCCGAAGGACCCAACUGCAUCUGAAGCAAUGGCGACCGAAUGGGCGAAAGCAUUUGAGGCUGAGGCCCGAGAAAAAGGAAACGACACCGACUUCUGGGAGACCUUGCAGAAGGAGUGGGACCAAGUGACGAGAGAGACGCCUCACGCUCAUCCAUGGCUGUCGGAGUACGAAAGUCUGCCCGAACCUUAUCGCGAGUACAAGUUUGCCGAAGUGAACCCAUUGGAGAACGUCGAGAACCCCUUUGAAGAAGGCCUUAAGAAGCUUCAAGAACAUGACAUUCCUAGUGCGGUUUUGCUCUUCGAGGCAGCUGCCCAGAAAAAUCCACAGCAUGUCGAGGCAUGGCAAUACUUAGGCACAACACAAGCCGAGAAUGAGCAGGACACAGCAGCUAUCGCAGCACUGAGAAAGUGCUUGCAGCUAGACCCGCAGAACCUGACUGCUCACAUGGCCAUAGCUGUGAGCUACACUAACGAAUCCCUGCAGAUGCAAGCGUGCGAGUCUCUGUUGGAGUGGCUCAAGUGCAAUCCCCGAUACCAGGCUCUGCGCUCUUCGGCCGAAAUGCCCACUCCGAAGGCAUCCCACCCCGCGUUCACCAUAAUGACCAGUGAACAGCAUAUCAAGACGAGAGAUCUGUUAAUCGCGGCAGCCAGGAUGUCCCCCAAUGACCCUGACCCGGACGUCCAGUGCGGCUUGGGUGUGCUGUUCAACCUGGUCGGCGAGUAUGACAAGGCAGCUGACUGCUUUCGAGCAGCACUCACCGUGCGGCCAAAUGACAGCCUGCUGUGGAACAAGCUUGGUGCCACGCUGGCCAAUGGCAGCAGGUCUGAGGAAGCUGUCGACGCCUACCGCCAGGCACUGCAUCUCUCACCUGGUUUCAUUCGAUCUAGGUUCAACCUUGGCAUCAGCUGUAUCAAUUUGGGAUCAUACAGGGAAGCCGCAGAACACUUCUUGACAGCGCUGAACAUGCAGUCGGCUGGAAGGGGCCCGACAGGCAUGCAGUCUGUGAACAGUGCAGUGUCGGAGAACAUCUGGUCAACGCUGCGCAUGGUGCUUACACUUCUCAAUCGGCCAGACCUCUACAAGGUGGCCGACAGGAGAGACUUGGCGUUCCUCAACAGAGAGUUUGGUGUGGACUCCUGACUACGUCCCGACGAAGUGCUGUGCGAGUGCUGCUACAACAGUGAACUUCCAGGGUCGUGCCUGAACUCGAAAUCGCCAUCGUGACCAACCGAAGAUAACAAAUUCCAUCUGACGGUUGGGCCUCCCAUGUUGUCACAAUCGCAUUCUUUACAUCGUGUGGUCCCAACAAGGAGCAAGGUCUCUGUAUUGUUAAAGCUUGAAAAUUGUUGCAAUGAUGCGGCUAAUUUACAUGAAUCUAAUACGACAGGGAUGUAACGGAAUGGUGAAUUUCGAGUGAUUUGGAAAAUAAAA